GGCGGUGCGGGGGGCGGGCGGUGCGCGCCAUCCCGGCGAGCGGAGCGGCCGGGCCAUGGGCGCUGAGGCGGGCGGCCCGCGGGGCACCGCGCCGGGCCAGCAGCUCCGCGCCCUCUUCUACGCGCUGCCGCCCGGAGAGAGCUCCUUCCGCACGGUGGAGGAGGUGCCCGACUACGUAGAGAAGAGUAUUCCAUUCUUCAUUACUUUUAUUGGGCUGGAGUUUGCUGUCAGCUGGAUUCAGAAGCGUAAGCUGCCGGGUCGGAUCAAUGAUGGCAUAAGUUCUCUUUCCUUAGGUAUCCUGUCCCGACUACCAGAUGUUUUAUUCAGAAGUAUUGAGUUAAUUAGUUACAUAUACGUAUGGAAUAACUACAGACUCUUUGAACUGCCCUGGGACUCACCAUGGACAUGGUAUUUGACACUUCUGGGAGUGGACUUUGCAUACUACUGCUUUCAUCGCAUGAGCCAUGAGGUUAAUAUACUGUGGGCUGCGCACCAAGUACACCACAGUUCAGAAGACUACAACUUAUUCACAGCUUUGAGACAAUCUGUAGUGCAGAAAUACACCUCCUGGAUGUUCAACUUGCCCAUGGCUCUUUUCAUUCCCCCUUCUGUGUUUGCUGUUCAUUUACAGUUUAAUCUGCUUUACCAGUUUUGGAUACAUACAGAGGUUAUCACCAAACUUGGGCCUCUGGAAUGGGUGCUUAAUACUCCCAGUCAUCACAGAGUUCAUCAUGGUAGAAAUCCUUACUGCAUUGACAAGAAUUAUGGUGGCACACUCAUUAUCUGGGACAGGAUAUUUGGAACAUUUGAGGCUGAAGAUGCAAAAGUUGUAUACGGCUUAACACAUCCAGUAAAUUCAUUUGAUCCCAUCAUGCUGCAGUUACGUCCCUUGGCUCAUAUUUGGAACACAUUUUGGGCCACACCUGGAUUCUGCAAUAAGCUUUCUGUCAUAUUCAAAGGCCCAGGCUGGGGACCAGGCAAACCUAGACUUGGCCUUCCUGAGGAAAUCCCAGUGAUCACUGGAAACGAAGUUCCCUUCAAUCCACGUGUACCAGCUUAUCUUAAUUGCUAUGCACUUGUACAUUUUGCUGUAAUACUGGACUUGUACACAGAACUUCUUGCUUCUGUGACUAUGCUAUCACAGGGAACAGUCCUCCUGAGAAUUGGCUUUAUCAUUCUGUCCCUGGCAUCUUUUGGACUGCUUAUGGAGAACAAGUCCAAAGCAGGAAUUUUGGAAAUCAUCCGCUGUUUAGUCUUCAUAGGUGUUUACAAACUUGGAUACUUUAGGAGUCAGUUUUCCUUCUUGGGCUAUGCAUAUGAGGUCUUGUUUUCCCUCUGUGCUGCAUUCUGGGGAAUCCAAAUUAUGAAGAGGAUUACUUCAUUCAAAGAUAAACACCACUGAAGACCAGAUCUAACAUCACCUUAAAUAUGGAAACAGCACUUUAGAAUAACCUUCUAAAUUCCUUGGAAUUAAUCAACCAUGAAUCAUGCUGAAAUGCAAUCAGUUCACUUAUUGAGAGAUUUGUGAUUUUUGUAUGAAGGUUUGAAAGAUUCCUGAAGGGGUAUAUGCAUUUUUAUUUGAUUUUUUAAUGAAAUAUUUCAUUUCUUCCCAAUUUAAAUCAAAUAUCUAUUCACAGCAUAGAUUUUUACAUUCACAGGAAUGCAAAUUCUUAAUAACCAUGUAAAACUAAUUUAAUUUUGCAGUGAUUUUGUUAUUAAUAAUAUGUGAAAAGUAUUUUUCACAAGAGGAAUAAUUAAAAUCAUAUCUGAUGUAACCUGGUAUAAAAUGAUUGACUGUCUUCUUAUUGAGGCUAAACAUAAACAUAUGUGAAUGACAUUUUUUCUGUAAUGAUUGAAUUACACCAGAAUCUCCAUGUCAUGGCCAAUUCAGUGUUCAUAACAUACAGCUACAUGAGGAUGAGUAGUUGAUGCAAGAAAAUGAUUAAAAACAGCAUGAUAAAAUAAC